AAAUGUGAGCUGUGGCGCACUUCCGGAAAGUGGCCUGGAUGCGUGUUGUCUGCGGCUUGACGCGGCGCUGUCAAAUCUAGUAACAAGACGCAGCGAACUUCUUCAUUCAAACUUGUUUUCUUGCACUAAGGGAAUAUUCCUCACUCUGACUACUCCCGUCAUCUGUGUGUGUGUGUGAGUGUGUCCCUCUGCUCGAAAUGGUGGACGUGAAACAGCCCAUUCCCGGCGGUGUGCCAGGUGGUGAUGGCAAAGACAAGUUUAUGAAAAGCCAGGACGUUGCCUUUUACAGGCGCCAGAUGCAGGGUGCUAAAAUGCAGUUCCAAGCUGUUCUUAACACGGUGGUGCUCACAGAGAAGGGGGCUCGUUUUGAGUUGGUGGAUCCAGAAACACAGACCAAGCUGUUCGUGUGUGUAUCACCUUGCAAAAACGAUACAGUGAGGAUCCUCAUUGAUGAACUCAAGCCCAUAAAGCCACGCUACCAAGUGCAAGACGUGCUCACUGAGGAGCCGCAGUGUGAAAAGUUGAGACUGGAUCAACGGGAUGAAGACUCGGUGACGGUCUCAUGGGCUUUGGGACGUCACAAGUGUCGUGUGUGGCGUCUCCCUUUCCGUGUGGAGAUCGUGUGCGAGGACCAGGUGGUCGUCACGUUCAACCCUCAAAGCAAGCUGUGGUUUGAGGCACUGCGGGAACCUCCCAAGGAUACAGCCAACACUGAGCCUGAAGAGGACAACUUAUGGCGAGAGACCUUCAGGACCUUUGUGGAUAUCAAAGCAAACGGGCCAAGUAGCAUUGGCGCUGACCUGCGUCUCCAUGGAUUCCAGCAUGUGUUUGGAGUGCCGGAACACGCCGACAAUCUACGUCUGGCAGACACCAGAGAUAAUGAACCUUACCGCCUGUACAACCUGGACGUGUUUGCCUAUGAGAUCAACAGUCAUCUGGGCGUGUAUGGCAGCGUGCCUUUCUUGGUGGCCCACAGACCCGAACAGACUGUUGGAAUCUUCUGGAUGAAUGCCUCGGAUACUUUUGUCAACAUCAACUACAGUGUCAGCGAGGAAGAGGAUGAAAACGGGACGCAGCCUUACACCGACGUCCACUGGCUGUCUGAAAGUGGCGUGAUUGACUGCAUGGUUCUCCUCGGACCAAGUCCGUCACAGAUGUACCGCCAAUACGCUCAGUUGACAGGAUACCAGGCUCUCCCACCUCUGUUCACCCUCGGCUACCACCACUCCCGCUGGGACAAUGACACAGAGGUGGACGUGAAGGCCGUGGACGCUGAAUUUGACAACCACAACAUCCCGUACGAUGUUGUGUGGCUGGACAUCGAACACAUGAAUGGGAAGCGGUGUUUCACCUGGAACUCUGAGUUGUUCCCUGACCCGGCCCGCUUACAGCGCCAUCUACUGGAGAAGAACAGGAAGAUGGUGGUUAUAAUAGACCCACCCAUCAAGGUUGAUCCUGAUUGGUCCAUUUACCAUGAGGGGCGGGACGAAGGGCAUUUUGUUAUGGACAGAGAGGGACAGAUAUAUAACGGCACUUGCUGGCCAGGCGACUGCAGUUUGCCCGACUUCAUCAACCCUCACACUCGGGCAUGGUACGCCACAUGCUUUUCUCUGGACAAAUACAAGGGCUCGACGCCGUCGUUGCAUGUGUGGCUUGACAUGAAUGAACCUACCACGUUCUCCGGGCCCGAGUUGACGUUGCCGAAGAACGCAGUGCAUUACGGGGGCUGGGAACACCGGGAUUUGCACAACCUGUACGGCUUUUACCAGCAAAUGGCAGCAGUGGACGGGCUGCUGACACGCUCGGGUGGCUCAGAGAGACCUUUCGUUCUGUCUCGUGCCUUCUUCGCUGGGUCCCAAAGGCUAGGGGCGGUGUGGACCGGUGACAACCUUGCUACCUGGGAGUACCUGAAGAUCAGCAUCCCCAUGAGUCUGUCGAUGUGUUUAGCAGGCCUCUCAUUUUGUGGAGCCGAUGUCGGCGGGUUUAUGCCUAAUCCGGAUUCAGAGAUGCUGAUCCGCUGGUACCAAGCAGCUGGCCUGCAACCGUUCUUCCGAGGUCACUCAUCGAUGAACACAACACGGAGGGAGCCCUGGUUGUUUGGGGAGAAGGUCACCAAUAUCAUACGAAGUGUUAUUGAAGAAAGGUACCGUUUGCUGCCGUACUGGUAUACUCUCUUCUACCGGGCUCACACGGAUGGCAUUCCUGUGCUCAGACCUUUGUGGAUGGAGUUCCCGAAGGAGCGCAGCACCUUCAGAGUGGACCACCAGUACAUGCUUGGAGAUGCACUAAUGGCAUGUCCCGUCACGGAAUCUGGCGUUCAGGAAAUUCCAGUCCUCCUUCCUGGAGCAGAGCAGGUUUGGUAUGAUGUUAAAUCAGCAGAAGCGCUGGAAGGAGGCGGGACUCAGAGUUUUCCAGUAACUUUGGACACAGUUCCAGUGUACCAGCGAGGAGGCUCAGUAAUCUGCAGGGCCGUCGCUCCCGGGACGUGUACCGCCGACCUCCAGAAGAUGCCGCUGUCUAUCACAGUUGCUCUGAACUCUGCGGGCAGCGCCAAAGGUGAAGUGUACCUGGAUGACGGCCACACUUUUGCCUACCGCGACAACAAGGAGUUCUGUCUGCGCUCGUUCGACAUGCUUUCUGGACGCCUGCGCUGCCGGGCCACCGUGGAAGGAGGAAACUAUGAGUGCAGCACUGCGGUGCAGUCGGUCACCAUCUUGGGGGUGAAGAGCAAACCGUCUUCGGUGGUCGUGCACGUGCCAGGUGCACAGAGCAACUUGGCAGAGUAUGAGUACGACAAGGAGCGUCGCUCGCUGACGGUGAACAAGUUGAACCUCUGCGUGGCAAACGACUGGGACAUCGAAAUAUGUUAGCAUUAUACAAUCAUUUUACCACAUAUUUGAAUCUGCUUUAGUUCAAUUACACAAUGUCCCGCCACUAAAGGAAAAAAAUGCAGUCUUGCAGGUCAAACCUGUAUUCCAUCCAUUAUUUGAUGAGUUGAGACUGUUUGUGGCGGGCAGCGUCCCAAUUAAAAAUCAAUGCUAAACACAUGCUAACACUCAAA